AUGGGUGAGCUCUCAAGCGCGGAGCAGGUGAAGCUACUUUGUAGCAUUCCCGGAAUACAUCACAACGUGGUCAGCCUUGUAGAUACUUUGAAUGCUUUCGUCAGUGAAGCCAGAAACAACGAAGUACGCCUCCAGCGGAGAGUAGACGAGCUCGCCGGCCUGGUCUUGGAUUUAAGGCAAGAAAUGAAAUCGUUGAAGGAGUCCAUUAUGGCAGUCAAGCAACCAUUUUCAAAAAGCGAGCUGGGCAAGGAGAUCAAGAGUGCAGGUAGUAGUAGUACUACGAGUAAGAGUACCCGUACCAGUAGUCCUGGACCGUCAAAGCCACGCGCAAGUGACAGUGCAAAACUGCCAAACCAGCAGGUAAAACACGUGGGAACCCACACUGAACCCCGUACCCGUAGCGCCACCACACCCUGGCACGCAACCAAGACAGUACCCUCUGGGGACACAGAAAUGGAGUAUUCUGAGUCUGAUGCAGGGGAUACUGGACUCCUGCCUGUCAGUGUCAAGCCCGUUUUCGGUGCUACUGCUGCCAACGCUGGGCCUAACCAAGACACCCUACCGGCCGCUGCAGGUAGUGUUGAACCUGAAACUGGCAACACAGAGCAAGAGGAAGUGGAUGCCAUAAAUGACGACAGCUGGCAGCUGGUCGCUGCAGCCCCACCAAGACGCCGGAGAGCAGUAGUGUUUGUUGGCAACCUUAGCAGCACCUGCACAAUGGAGGGUCUCACGGAGUUUGUGCACCGCCGGUCUGUAGCAGCCACAGGGAAAAUCAUAGAUGUCCACUCAUGCAAUGUACACACGGCAGCUAGCGGCAAAGUAUCCGCCAGGGUCACCAUCGAUGCAGCUUGCCUGGCCACUGUGACCUCUGCCAACUUCUGGCCUCGGCCUCUCUACUGCAGGACAUGGAAAUUCAAUCCACCCAAGAAGAGCAGCGGCAACGACAAGGCCCACAGCAGCAGUGAUGGUGGCAGUGGCGACGCCAACGACAAUGCCCACAGCAGCAGUGACGGUGGCAGUGGCGACGACAGCAGCGGAAACGACUGUGGCAGUGGCGGCAGCAGCAGCAGUGACGGUGGCAGUGGCGACGGCAACGACAAUGCCCACAGCAGCAGGGAUGAUGGCAGUGGCGACGACAGCAGCGGAAACGACUGUGGCAGUGGCGGCAGCAGCAGCAGUGACGGUGGCAGUGGCGACGGCAACGACAAUGCCCACAGCAGCAGGGACGAUGGCAGUGGCGACGACAGCAGCGGAAACGACUGUGGCAGGAGCGGCAGCAGCAGCCGCCGCAAUAGCAGCAGCGACAGUUCUCCCAAACCCGGCGCCGAGUUAACUCGGACCCCUGGGCAGAAGUCACGACCCCACCAGCGUGGUUCUCCCGCUGAAGACCAAGCUGCAAAGCGCGUGGCUCCAGUCAGCAAACAGUGA